GCAAGAAAACACAAAAUGUCUCCUGAAUCAAAAAAACUUUUCAACAUAAUUAUUUUGGGAGUCUCAUUUAUGUUUAUAUUCACUGCUUUUCAAACAUGUGGAAAUAUUGCGCAAACUGUUAUCACAAAUUUAAACAACACGGAUUUUCAUGGCAGUGGCUACACAAGCAUGUCCAUUAUUUAUGGAGUAUUCUCUGCAUCAAAUCUUAUAUCACCUUCAGUGGUUGCGAUAGUAGGACCUCAACUCUCCAUGGUUGUUAGUGGCAUAUUUUAUAGCUUAUACAUUGCAGUUUUUAUCCAACCUGCUACAUGGUCUUUCUACACUGCUUCUGUUUUUAUUGGGAUUGCAGCUGCUGUACUCUGGACGGCACAGGGAAAUUGCUUGACUGUAAAUUCUGAUGAAAACACCAUUGGAAGGAACAGUGGAGUAUUUUGGGCACUCUUACAGUCCAGCUUGUUUUUUGGAAACCUCUAUAUAUACUUCGCUUGGCAAGGGAAAACUCACAUAUCAGAGAGUGAUCGCAGAACUGUCUUCAUUGCUCUGACUGUUAUCAGUCUUGUGGGCACAGUUCUGUUCUUUCUGAUUAGGAAACAAGAGGACACAAAAGCUCCAGGGGAGGAAGAUUCUACUAAUGAAAUCCUGGGGGACAGCUCGUCUGCACAAAACAAAAUGACGAGAGCAGUGGCUGCCUUCAAGAAAUCUAUAAAGCUGAGCUUCACCAAAGAGAUUAUGCUUCUCAGUGUUACAACAGCCUACACAGGUUUGGAAUUAACGUUCUUUUCUGGAGUAUAUGGAACAUGUAUUGGUGCUGUGAAUAGGUUUGGCAGUGAAGAGAAGAGCCUUAUUGGACUCUCUGGUAUUUUUAUUGGUGUUGGAGAAAUUUUAGGUGGAGGAAUCUUUGGUUUAUUGAGCAAGAAUAAUCGCUUUGGCAGGAACCCUGUUGUGAUGCUAGGCAUCGUUGUCCAUUUCAUUGCCUUUUAUUUAAUUUUUUUCAAUAUGCCAAAUGAUGCCCCUAUCGCUCCUAUGGAAGGAACAGAUCAUGUUGCUUAUAUGAUUCCAAGCAAAGAGGUGGCCAUAUUCUGCAGCUUUCUGUUGGGCCUGGGGGACAGCUGCUUUAACACCCAGCUCCUCAGUAUUUUAGGAUUCUUGUAUUCAGAAGACAGCGCUCCUGCCUUUGCCAUCUUUAAGUUUGUUCAGUCCAUCUGUGCUGCAGUUGCAUAUUUCUACAGCAACUACGUCCUUUUGCAGUGGCAACUCCUGAUCAUGGUGGUUGUGGGCUUCUUUGGAACAAUUACCUUCUUUACAGUGGAGUGGGAAGCAGCAGCAACUCUUGCUGCCCGUGGCUCGGACUACAGCAGCAUUUGA